AUGGCUUCUCACAACAUCGCCUUCCUGGUGGACACGGCGGCCUCGGAGGCCGGGCUGGUCCGGCUGGCCGCGCUGCGGGUGCUACUGCAUUCGGCCCGUGGCUCCGGCUUCCACAAUGUCCGCUGGGCCUUUAAACUCUUCGACUCGGCGGCGGCGAGGGCCAGGGGCCGCGGCGGGGGCCGGGGCCGCGGCUUCAGGGAGCUGCGGCUCCGACACCUGGAGGAGCUGGAGGAAGCUCUCUGCCGGGAGGUGGGGCCGGGCCGGGAGCGGGGGAGCGCCGCCGCCUCCUCCUCGUCCUCCUCCGCCGCCACUACUCAGACGGCGCUGAUCGAGGCCUUGUCGGACUAUCAGUGGGACCGGCCGGACAUCACCUCCCCCGCCAAAUGCCGCCGGGGGUCGGGAACCGAGGCCCCGCAACCCCGGCCUCGGAGCUCCCUCUUCCUUUUCGCUCCCUGCCCGCACUCCCGGGCUCAGUUACUCGGCUUUCUGCAGCUUCCCGCGACCCACAGCUGCCAGCAACUGGCGGAGAAAAUCAUCCCGGCUCCAGUCCGGGCCCUGCUCUCCAGCCACAGUAUCGCCCUGCAUUGGGUGGACACCCAGCAGCUGCAGCAGUUCAUUGGAGCUUCUGAUCAUAUUGGCUAUAAGAUGGUCUCUGAAGUGAUGCGCUUGGUUGGUGGAAGUUUAAUUCCAUUUGCUGCUUUAAUGGAACUUACACUUAAUGACUCUGCUGUACUAUUGGGCAAAACUUCCCAAGUUGGCCUAAAGAAGAUUGCUUUUGAGAAGAAUGGAAUAAAUGCAAAGGAGUAUGCGAAACAGAGGAAAACAGUGGGUGCUCUCUUUCCAUUCGAUUGCAGCAUGAAUUAUAUUGUGAAUGUUGAAAGUUCCUAUCGAAAGAUGUUUCCUCUUCAGCAAGGAUUACUGACUAUCACACAAGGAGAGCAGAAGGUGUGCUGCCCUAUUACUUUGGAGCCAGUUUCCUGUAGUCAGAAACACCUGACUGCGCCAGCAAGUAUUAUAGUAAAAGGAGCUGUAAAAGAUUGGGAUCUGCAAAGGACUGACCGGUUGUCAACACAUGCUUGGAUCUUACAACGAGCCAAACAGAAGGAAACUAAAGAGACCUACCUUCUUCAACGACUUCUAGAGGAAAUGGCCUGCAAAAACAUAUAUUUGGUUGUUGAUAUGGAGUUGAAUAGUUACCUGCCGUCGUGUACAGGAGUACUGUCUCCUUUGCUUAGUGGCACAGCAGUGCUCACACUGAUCUCCUGGGAACAAGAACCAGAGUUUGAGGAGCUUCUCUUGAAGACAGAUUUAACUGAGAAUAACCAAGCAAUGUCUUCAGGGGCCUCGGAAGUUGUAGGCAGAGCAUUAAGUCUGUUCUCUGAUAUCACUGAUGAAUGUCAAACCUGUUCAGAGCUUACUGUUCCAGAUUGGGUACAACUAGAGUUGGCCGAGACUUCCCAACAAAGAAUUUCCUUUGGUGAAGGCUGGUUUCCAUUAUCUGAAUUGUCAGGAGCAAGCUCUGCUCUAAUGCAAUCAUUCAGAUCAAUGCAGGGAGAAGAUGAGAAAGCUAACAUGGAUUCUGAACUUGCCCUAACUGGUCAGUUAGCAGAGUUCUACCAGAAGAAAUCUGCAGACGAAGCAGGAGCAGCUGUAGAGCAGGGAGUAAAAAGGAGACGAUGUGGUCCUCGGACCCCCAUCCGACAGAAGAUGAGAUCGAUGAGUCGCUCUCUUCAGAUGUUGAAUGUUGCUAGGUUAAACCUGAAAGCACAAAAAAGCCAGCCAGAUGGGAUGCAGCUUCCCAUUGGAGAUGAGUCCACCCAUCAGUCCAAGAAACGUCUGGGGAGCAAACAGAAAUCUAAAAGAGUGAGGAAGAGUACAGUAGAUUUUAAAAGUGACGAGGAGAUGGUGUCCAGUUUGAAAGAGAAUUACCAGAAGCAUGUUGUUAAUGAUGAAUUGUCGCAGUUCAGUUUCAUACAGAAUGCAGUCGAAGUCAUUAAAAUGUACCUAAAAUCUGGCAACACUGAAGUAUUUGAGGCUGCGUGUAUAAAUCUGAUUCAAAUGCAAUUACUGAAGAGCAGUAAAUCCAUUCGGCAGCAGUACGGAAACCAGGAGAAUAAGGAACUCAAAGUCAGAGAUUGCCAGCUCCAGGUCUUAUUACGCUUGGAGAUGUUCCAGCAGUUUCCAUCAUUGCAAAGUAACCAUGAACAUUUGGAACAGCUGGUGGAAGAAAUGACAAAUUUACUGCGCAUCAUAUCUCUAACAAAGGACACUACAUUCCUUGCAAAGUUUCUAGAAGAAGAGAUCCUAAACACGUAUUUGCUCACAGUACCAAAGAUAUUGGGUGAGCUAUACUUUGGAUUAGGACAGAAUGUCCCAGCACGUCUGGCCUCAGUGCUUCCUGCUGACUUCUUAAGUGAUGAAUCCAUGAGCCAGAAGACUGAAUCACCUGAUGCCUCCCAGCUGGCUUCACUGGCCACCAGUACAAGCUUUGCAGGCUGCGAAGGAGAACAAUUGGAAGAACUACGCACCAGAUCAUCUCGAAAGAGAAGGAGCCUUCCACUGACAAGACAUCGGACCAUAUCUGAGGUGUCCCAUAAUUUGCGACAAAUUCAAAUACCUAAAAAGUCUGUGAAACGGCAGGAAAACUUUCAGUCUCACCUUCCCAUUGCUAUUGAGCAGGCAGUACUUCCACCUCCUUCACAAAAAGAAGUUCAAGAGGUUACUAAAGUGAGAAGGAAUCUGUUUAAUCAAGAAAUCUUGUCUCCGAGGAAAAAAUCGAAGAUGCCAAAAAGCUACUCUGAGUCAGUUGUGGAGGGAGUGAGACACCUGCGCGGUGAAGAAAAAGCUAAUAAAGGUCAUCGGAAGUUACUGACUAGGAAGGUGACUGAAACGCCACUUCACAAACAGGUGUCACACCGGCUCCUAGACAAGCAGAUUAGAGGGAGGUGCUCAGAGUCUGGUUCUGAUGUUAGUAUUGUAAAAGAAUCUCCAGAGAGAGCUCUAUCUGUUGACUCAAAUAUGAGGAGGAGCCCACACAUCAGGAAAGUAUCUCUUGCCAGGUGUCAUUCUAAUUCAUUUUACUCUGGUUCAUGUUCAAUGUCUCGGAGUUUGGAACGUGUCCAGUCAUUGUCACGUAUACAGGCAGGGAAAGCUAAAAGAGCAGACAAUCAGAUCAUCGGAUCUCCAAAUCAGCUGCUUUUUGGUGCUGUACUUGGGCUUGUCAGUCCUAAAGAGAAGCAGUCAUCAAAGGGCUACUGUUCAGACCCUGAGAGCUUAUCUGUGGUUCAGAGUCCAAAGCCUACUCCUGAUAAACCUCUGAGUUCUCCGAACAAGAACAGAACCACCAAGAAAUCUCCAGGAACAUCCCACUAUUUGACACCAAAGAAGAAAACAAAGAGAUCCAAGAGUCCAACAACAAGAAACGGCAUCAACGAUUAUUUACGUAAGGAGUCUUCACCAUGGAAAAUGGCAACCGAUUUACAAUUUCAGUCACCUAGACGAAGUGAACGUCUAAACAAAGAAACACCUAACAAAAGUACUCCACCUCAGAAAAUGGAAGCUCAGUCCCCUUUCAUAAUGAGUGGGCAUUCGAUGCUGACAUCACCUUACAACAACCAUCUGUCAGUCAAGCCAUCUCCCAGACGAAGUGCGCGCUUGGCAUCUCCUUGUAGAAAUGGCUCAACAGUAAAUGUUUCUGAUAUGCCUUCAAAGGCUGUACAGUCUGCCUCCCAAGCGAAAUCAUCAAGGAAAAGUUUAUCUGUAAUGAAUAGUCCAGUAAGAGCAUCCAAAAAGCUAUCUCCAUCUUUUUUGAUCAAUAAUUUGUCAAAAAAUAAAUCAAAGCCUUGUGCAACGCGAGACGUAAAGUUGAGGAGAUGUAAAUCUGAUGAGUCAGUCAUCUCUCAAGCUCCUAUGAAAUGUUUUGUAGUUUCACCCGCAAAAAUUUACAUGCUGAAAUCUUUGAAGAAGACUGCUGAUAGUUCAUGCUCAUCAGAUCAGGGCAAAUCUCAGAAAUCAAAUGCAAGCACCCCUUGUACACCAAGGAGUAUCUGGAAAGCCGGUUUUCAAACACCUCUGAAAACUUCAGUGAUGACCAGAUCGAUGUAUAAUGUGCCUGCACCAGAUAGACUUGGUGCAAUGCAGUAUAAAAGCUCAGCAAGAACACCGUUAAAAUCUGAGAUGCAGACACCAUCAAAAUAUACUGCAGCACCACCUAAAAGCCCAGUAAGGACACGAUCAAUGUUUAAUGUGACAUCUUUAAAAUCAGAGUUGAAGACACCAUCAAAAUCUACAACAUCACCACCCAAAAGUCUAGUAAGGACGCGGUCAAUGUUUAGUGUAACGCCCUUAAAAUCCGAGUUGAAGACACCAUCAAAAUUUACUGCAACCUCACCCAAAAGCCCAGUAAGGACACGAUCAAUGCUUAGUGUAACACCCUUAAAAUCAGAAUUGAAGACACCAUCAAGAUUUACUGCAGCCUCACCCAAGAGCCCAGUAAGGACACGAUCAAUGUUCAGUGUAACUCCAUCAAAGGCUGAGGUGACAGAUCUAUCUAAAUAUACUGCAACAUCUCCAGACCUCAAAUCCCUAAGAAUAGGAACUCUGCUUGAUGUUUCACUCUCAAAAGUUGAUCAAAAGGUGCUUUCUAAAUAUAACUCAACACCACUCAAAAGCCCACUAAUAACUCAGUCACCAUCCACAUCUAAUUCAACACCUCCACAUCUCAAAACUCCAUUAAGGACAAAGCCUGGGCUUAACAUGACACCCUCUAAGCAUGAAGUGAGUAUGCUGUCUAAAUCUAGACUAAUGCUGUGCACACCACUUGGACCAAUGUCCAAUGAAGCAGAUGUAGUAUCAAUGAAAAUGCCAGGAAAUUGUACCACCUCAACAAUCAGAUUGGACCAAAUAUUAAAAACCCCAGAGAAAAAUAAAAGCACAAUUUACAAUGUACAGAGGAAGUCUUCAAAGAACCACAAGGCAUUUAGUAAAUCCAAUCUUGAGGGAGAACAUGCAUUGCAAGAAUCCAAUUUGUGGGUGAGUAUACCACAAAUAAACUUUGCGACCCCUGACACUAAUGCAAGCUCUGUGACCAACCAUAACAGAUCUGACAGGUCAGCAGCAACCAGUGAUAACUUGGGGAAUCUUGGAGAGGACUGUUUUAAUGUUGUUCUAGGAUUAAAUGCUUCAGAUUCUCUCCCUUGCUCUUCUCAGAGCACAGCUUCUGAGCUUGUUUCCAAUGUUGGUUUGAUAACUGAGAGACUGGAUUUACGUUUGGCUAGUAUGCCAGAUGCUGGUGCAGCUAACUCUCAAGCAGAAGAGAGAAGAGAUCUAUCUCAAGUCAGACUUGUACAAAGUGAAAGCUCUGGAUUGAAAAUGAAAUUUGCUGUGCUGAGAAAAGAGUCCAAUUCCAGUGUUUCUAAUUCUGUCGUUACUACUCAAUUCCCCUUGCCUCAAAAGAACUCCACAUCUUAUGAAUUCCGCUGGACUCCAGACAGGAGGCAGAGACUAGCAGCCGCACGGCAACAGAUACCCGAAUUUCCCAGGAAAAUCUCAACUCCAAAGGGUCGGAAUUGGCCACCAAUGCCAACCUAUGAGGUUGAGCUGGAAAUGCAAGACUCUGGGCUUCCCAAACUCCGAUUCAAACGGACCAAUUCUAGUGCAGUUGUUAGCCCACAGCUGGAGCACUCUGUCACCAAAAUCAAUGGUAAUCCCUCCUUGGUGUGUGUAAAGAGUGGAUGUGAAAGCCCGUUGGGUGAGAGAAAUGCACAGUGGUGUGUUAAGCAUUCAGGAAAAAUGGAAGGAGGCCAUAUAUCACCAUCAUUUUGUUUCCAUUCUUCCCACAACACUCCAGCAAAGGCUACACCCAGAAAAGGUGGGGUUCAGACUUAUAUCUGCCAGUCAUAUACUCCAACUCAAUGCUCCUCUAACACAUCCUCUCCGUCACAAGCAGAUUUGGGAUUGGCCCCCUGGACUCCUUCUCCCACACACAAGAUCAGACCCUCCCAAACACCAGAUGCCAUCAAAAACUGGCCACGGAAGAAGAAAGCAGCCACAACUCCACUUGGUGGGAAGUGGCAGAAGGGCGAGCCUACAGCCAUGCAAAAGGAGGAUAACUUUCAUACAGAGCACUACAGCAACAAAGCCGUGCCUUUGGAGGAAAUUGGUAUGGAAGGAGUGAGCAGGUUACAAGAUCAUUCCCCUACUAUUGAAUGGGACCAAAGAUUUCCAGGUAGUCCAGAGGAAAAGUUUGGCCUUCGGUCUAGAAAACGUGGGUGUGGUUUUAUCUCUCCCACAUCAGAAGAGGCAAAAGAAUCUAAAAAGCAGAGGAAAGCAAAUUUUGCUGCUCCCUUUUCAGAUAUGGAGUUUGCAGUGAAAGAGGUGCGAAAGGAGCAGUCUCCACCCUGUUCUUUCUCCCCUUUUUGUAAGACCUUUACACGGCAGCGUUCAAUUGAAGAUGAGAUGGUUUUCGAUAGCCCAGCAGGAGCAUCACCAAGCUGUAAAGUUAAAUCGACCCUGUCAGCUAGUGGCCUGUUGGCACUCACUCAGUCACCUUUGUUAUAUGCUGGGAGAACACCUGCUAAGAAAAGACCUGGUAGAGAUACCACGUAUGAAGAUAUGCAGACAGAUGCCUCUGCUAGCAAGAGAAUGGCGAUAGCUGGUGACAUUGACCAGGAUUAUUCCCCUUUCAGCAAAGUGCCUGUUCGCCGUUGCAUCACAAAAACCUACUCUAGAAAAAAGCUAGUCAGUUAACUAGAACACCUCAACCUUGGCUUCAUCCCCUGCUGGCUUUGUUUCUGUUCUUUUUAUUGAAGGAUGUAGGGUAUCAAAUGCAGCAAAUAUUUUGAAUAAUGGAAUUCUUUAUUGUGUUCAUCAUGGCUGUAAAAUGGCACUUGCAAUGGAAUGAACGCAAGAGGGUGCAACACUACAUUCUAAAUUGUAAUCCUGUGUUCACAUGUUAUGGUGGAUUGAACCUUCAAAUUUCAUGUUGCUUUUUACAAAUGCUUUUGACAUUUUUUCCCAUAUAUAUUAGGGGGGAGAAUUUUUCCCCUGUUGCGGGGGAUGUUCAAGAGCGGGCGUACCCCUGUUUGGGAGCGCGCUGCCAUUUUAUGUGGGUGGGCUAAUUAAGGCCCACCCAUCGUGACAUCCGCCAGGAAGCAGUGUGCGCUCCCUGUGCGGGCGGAGGGGGGAUUCCCUAA